AUUUUACGUCAUAGCAAGUGUGUUAAGUCUGCCAGUCCACUGCACUCGAUCUAAUAUCAACCAAGCACUGUAUCAUGACUACAGUCGGGCACACCAUUUCAAUCAAUGCCGACGGAAAGCAACUGGAAGGAGACUUGCACCUCCCUCCUGAUCCACAACGCGGGAUUUGUGUGUUCGCUCAUGGAAGCGGAUCAAGCAGAUUCAGCUCCAGGAACCAAUACGUUGCCAGUGUUCUUCACAAAAAUGGGAUUGGGACGCUUUUGAUGGAUCUGUUGACAAAAGAUGAGGAGAGAGUUGACAAUUACACAAGGCAUUUACGAUUUGAUAUCCCCAUGCUCACCCGGCGGGUUGUAGCAGCUAUCGAUCAUCUCGCUCAAGACGAAUCCACCAAGGACUAUCCUGUCGGGACCUUUGGAGCAUCCACAGGCGGAGCAGCGGCACUCUGGGCAGCUUACCAUCGCCCUGAUCGGGUCAAAUGCGCCAUAUCCCGAGGAGGUCGUCCAGACUUGGUGCCCAAGGAAGUCUUGAGCCAUAUCACCACUCCCACGUUUUUGAUAGUGGGAGGAUUGGAUUAUGAUGUUAUUGAGAUGAACAAGGAAGCUUUUGAAGCCAUUCCAUCUACCACUGUCAAAAAAUUGGACAUUGUCCCUGGCGCUACGCACUUGUUUGAGGAACCUGGUACGUUGGAGAAGGUCGCAGAACUUGCUGCUGGGUACUUGAAGCAGUAUUUGCAAAAGAAGGAGGAGUGACACAUGCAGUUGUUCCCUCGGUGACGCAUUUUGUCCAUUUCUGCAUUUUGUUUGCCAAAAGACAUGGUUGCAUAUUGUGCGUUCAAAACCAUCGCUGUCAUGAAUUCUUUAUUUUUUUUCAAUGUUUAAUGGCAUAAAUCGUACGUAGGUAAUGGUAAAAAAAGUGCUAAUAUGUCAAACUAGAGACUACAGUGAAUCCCAACAAUGCUCUCCUCCUAUUCAAACUAGUC